AUGGACGACAAGGAGAGAUCGCCGUCGCCCGAAUUCUCGCCACUUGCCUUCGGCGAGGACCUCGCACCGCUCCCGGAGUACAAGGCGGCAGGAACCACAGAAGUGGACUUUUCGGGCCUCCUUGGCGAACCACUCAAGCUCCAUGAAGACCUCAAGUCGGGAUGCGGCGGCCAGCUUUGGCCCGCCGGCAUGGUGCUGGCCAAACACAUGCUGCGCUACCAUCGGGAGAGACUGCAAAGCGCUAGAAUACUCGAACUCGGCGCUGGCGGCGGGGUUGUUGGGCUCACUGUGGCCAAGGGUUGUGCCAGACUCGACCACCCAUUGUACCUUACCGACAUGGUGGAGAUGGAACCGCUGAUGCGACAAAAUAUCUCACUGAACGGACUCGAAGACCGGGUCAAAGCAAGAGUGCUCAACUGGGGCGAACCGCUUUCGCAGGAAGUUCUCGAACACAAGCCCAACAUCAUCCUCGCUGCAGAUUGCGUCUACUUUGAACCCGCUUUCCCACUGCUUCUGCAAACUCUGCAGGACUUGUUGGCAGUGGAACCAUCCGCCACCAUUUUCUUCUGCUUCAAGAAGAGGCGUAGGGCCGAUAUGCAAUUUCUGAAGGCCGCCAGGAAAACCUUUACCGUGACUGAGAUCGAGGACGAGGAUCGACCUGUAUUUAGCAGAGACUGCUUGUUCCUUUACACCUUUACCCGCAAAUAA